AUGAAGUCCACAACCAGACUGAGUGCUGACAAAAUGCUGCAUUUCCUGCCUGCAGUAAACAAGGCGAAAAAGCCAAAAUUCGAGGUUCACCUGAGGAUAUAUGACCUCAACAACGUACCACUAGUAAACGGAGUGUCGCAGAUCAAAUGGCAUUUGCCACACUCAAUACACGGUGAACACCGUGGGAGGACGGGCAAGUGUCCUAUUUUAAACCACAAGGUUGAGUAUGGCUACGGCAAGGUUGUGCCUGUCCGCAUCCACAUCGACCGCAACAACAACCUCGAGGAGUGCCCUAUCGAGUUCGAAGUCUUGCAAGAAUUCAACGAGGCCGAUGAGAGGAUAGUCCUUGGAAAAGUUACUCUGAACCUCGCCGAGUAUGUCGAGGAGAGCGAGGCCAUCCUCCGGGAUAGGCAAGAUCCCAACCCUGGGACCGUCAGCACGGGAUUGGGGGGUAUCCCUGCAACUGUAGCUGCCACAGCCUCUGCAGCUUCGGCGGCCGUGGCAGACCAGUUGCACCACCAAGCAGGAAAGCUCAGUCUGGGCCACUCGCGCCAUAGGAGCUCCGUGAGCAACGACCGGCCGCCGCCGAGUCCAGGGAGCAAAGCCAGCAGCCCCGGUAACAGUACGCACCAGGAGGUCGAAGCUGCCUCGGAUGUGCGGGAAGGGAUCGUUCGGCGGCACUUGAUGCAGGAUAGCAAAAUCAACAGUACGCUCAAAGUGGGCAUCCUGAUGAUACAAAUUGAUGGCGACCGAAACUUUGUUGCACCGCCGCUCAGGACGGCUCCUGUCUUUGGCGGUAUUGCAGGUCUUGGUAUGACGGGCGAGCAAGGAGAUCAAGACGAGUUGUCUGUCGGGCGCGCGCCUGCUAUAUCAAGGUCACGGGACGCCUCCGAGAUGCACGACAUGUACCGUACUUCUCUCGCAGCGGCCAUAGUAGCUCCUCCGACAGAAGGCGAGCUGACUGCUGAUGCCUGCAUCGAAGAUAUAUUUGGUGGUGGCUCAGGCUUCACCGAUUUCGACGGCGAGGGCGGUAGCCGGUCGACCGAUAGUGGAGGAGGCCAUUCCGGAAUAGGCAGGAGUAAUAGCAAUGCAUCUGCCCACAAGUACCACCACCGCCGCCAACGAUCUCAACGGUCUCAGCGGUCUCAGCGCUCGGCGCACUUCUCAGCAGCAAGUUCACUCGCCCCUCCAUCCAUCUUCGGCCGCGACGACAGUGGUAAUGGCAGUCCGUCGUCAGAUAACGAUGGGAGCAGCAGUGCAGGAGGCAUCGGUGGGGGCACACUACGGCCCAAAGACGUCAAGGCGUUCUUCGUCGGCGGUCACCGGCGGCAGCGCAGUGGGGCUAGUGAACGCAGCAGCCGGACGAUGCUGAUGGCGGGUUCUGGGGGGCGCAGCAGAUCGCGGGGAGCGUCUGGCCAAGACGGAGAAUCAGAUCACUAUGGUCGAAGACAUAGAGGCGAAAAGCUGCACCAUAGCAGCCGUAGUAGGGACGGCUCGCACUCAAGAGCGGCCAGCUUGGCGAGCUUUGCCACCACGGAGGCAAGCAGUAGCGACAGUGACGGAUUCAGACGAACUCGAGAGGUCGAUGAGUUUGAGAUGCGGGAUGAUCUGAUCUCGUGGAGGCUGCCUGGAAAGGUAGAUGCGGGCAACCGGCAAACCAACUUAUCACAACCAGAUGGCCGGUUCGUGUGA